GCAGUAUUAAAAGUCAAUACAAACUUUUUUUAAGAGUUUGAGAUUUGUUACGUUAAAUAUUGUUAUCAUGUCUUACAGAGAUUUAAGAAAUUUCAGCGAAGCCAUGCGGUCGCUUGGGUUUCCUCAGCUGAUUUCUCUGGAGAGUUUCCGCAGUCCAAACUGGCCGCUAGUGGAAUCCUGCAGUCGCUGGCUGGCGGCGCGAGUGGAGCCCGACGCCUUACUGGCGGGCGGCGCCGACACUCUCGAACAGAGGGUGGCGCUCGUCACUCACGCCACCGAACUGUUUCAUUCUCGAGCGAAUCUAAAGUUGAAUGGGAAACGAAUCUAUGGCGCGGACGGUUGGGCGGUGCGGGAGUUGUUGAAGGUGGCCAACCUGCUGCGAUCGGCUCUGGACACGCCGCGCCAUGACGACCAGCUCGCUGACACCGACACGCUCGUGUAUGACGUCAGCAAUAGAAUCGGGGAAAUCAAACAGGCGCGGUCUCUGGCAACGGAAAUAACUGCACAAGGAGCAUUUUUAUACGAUCUGUUGGCAAAAGAACCCGAAAAUAAGGAUCACAGAAACAAAGCUCUGUCUCGUCAAAUGGACCUGUCGUCUCUGGAGACGGCGUUGUCCCGCGCGGUGGAGGCGAUGUCGUCUCGAGUGGACGCCGUGAGGGAACAGACGGCCAGCGUGGCGGCCAGCGAAGCCGCGCUCGACGCCAAGAUAGAGAGGCGCAGGGCUGAGCUGCAGAGAGCCGAGAAGAGACUGCUCACUCUACAGAAGAUCAAACCUGCCUACCAGAGUGAGUUGACAUCUCUAGAGACGGAGAUAGCGAGUCUGUGGGAUCAUUACGUGUUGAGGUAUCGCUGUGUGGAGGCUCUGAAACACAGACUCAGCGUGCUGGAGACUGCUCAGGCUGAGGCAGCCGAGGAACAACAAGCCGCCAUAAUGCAGCUCAUUCACAAGUAUGAAGCCGAAGACGUGCUCGGGAAGCUCAGCGACUCCGAUGAGCUGGAUUCCAGCGACGAAGCCAAAGAGAGCAAGCAGCCGCGCCCGCCCACCAGACCCAAGACAAGGCUUCGCAUUAAAACCGCAGGUACCUUGACCCUCACACCGCAAUGAGCUCCCCAUUGAAUGAAAACGAUGAAUUCUUCUCAUUUCGACUCUUUUUCUGAGGAAAACACAUAACACAUGUAUAAUGUCGAUGUUUUACAAGUUCUAAGACUAGUCAUUUUUAUUAAUAGUAUCAAUUUUUUCCGUGUCAUUUUACUUGGUUCAUUUUAAGACUGUUAGUUAUUUAUUGACGUCAUCUUCUCUCUGGUGGUGGUUCUGAGCGCGGAUCUCUCGUCAACCGCACAACCCGCCUGUCCUCGGACUCCGGCUCCAGCUCCGACAGCGAGCUCUCUGACCCGCAGCUCUAUGGUGGAGGCUGGCGUCCCCGACCUGCAACACGCACACUCGGAGCCCCCGGCGACUACGAGGAUAUUGUGCAAGGUGUCGAGGAACCCGUCCAGGUGCUGUCUGAAGGAUCGGAGGGUUCCUUGGAGAGUGAACUGAGACUCACGGAGCGAGUGGGCAGGAACUCCGCUCUCAGUGAUAAUGAAUUCUAAACAUAUUAAUAAUAAAUAUUAGAAAUAUAAA